AUGGCCUUCAAGUUGAGCUCAAUUACAGUACAGGCGCCAUCCGCAGUGCCGUCUGAAGUUCCCAUUCCAGAAGACGAAGAGUACUAUUCGUCGUGGUCUCUGUUUCUUGUUUGCUUGCUACUUAUCCUCUCGUUAUGGACGUCUUAUUACCUGCAAAUCAGGAAAAUCCGGGCCAUCCAUGAGACUACCAUCUCUAUCUGUGCAGGGAUGUUCGUCGGGUUGGUGGUUAGGCUUGCACCGGGGACCAUGAUUCGAGGAAUGUUGACCUUCAAACAUACUCUGUUCUUCAACUUGCUACUUCCUCCCAUCAUUCUCAACUCUGGGUAUGAACUCAAGCAGGCGAGCAAUGCGUAUAUUGAGAAUUUUUUCCGCAAUUUUGGUUCCAUCCUUACUUUCGCAUUUUUAGGCACAUUAAUAUCAGCUGUCGGUGUCGGGGUGCUCGUGUAUAUCUACUCAUUCCUGGGACUAGAAGGCUUGGAUAUUACACUGCUGGAGUGCUUGAUCUACGGCUCUACACUAUCUGCAACUGAUCCAGUGACUAUUCUUGCCAUAUUCAAUCAGUAUAAGGUGGACCCAAAACUCUACACCAUCAUCUUUGGCGAGAGUCUGCUAAAUGAUGCGGUCAGUAUUGUCAUGUACGAAACUCUCGCCCGAUUCGACGGCACAGAGAUAUAUAUCUCGUCCAUAUUCCAUGGCAUAGGAAUUUUCUUGCUUUCAUUCAGCGUAUCCAUGGCCCUUGGCGUUAGUUUCGGCCUAGGAAUGUCUCUCAUCCUCAAACACUCAUCGAUGAGUCUAUAUCCUUCCAUCGAAUCUUGUCUUGUUGCCCUCUGCGCAUACACAUGCUAUUUCUUGUCGAACGGCUUGGAGAUGUCUGGCAUCGUAUCCCUCCUUUUCUGCGGUAUCACCUUGAAACACUACGCAUAUCACACCAUGUCCCGGCGAACGCAGCGAACAACAAAAUAUAUAUUCUCGACUCUAGCUCAGCUCUCCGAAAAUUUCAUCUUCAUUUACCUCGGUCUCUCACUUUUCACAAGCCCUCCGUCCACUGAGCGCGUUACCAACUACGUCAAGCCCCUCUUCAUUACGUUCACGACGAUUGCAGUCGUGUUUACCCGAUACGCAGCCGUCUUCCCUCUAUCUGAAGCGAUCAACUUCUUCGCUCGCCAUGCUCGGGGACAGCGAACAGAAGAGCUUCCACACUCUUACCAGAUGAUGUUGUUCUGGGCUGGCUUGCGAGGUGCAGUGGGUGUGGCACUUGCGGCUGGCUUCAAGGGCGAUAACGCACAGACGCUGCGGACAACUGUGCUUGUUGUAGUGGUCCUUACCGUUUUCGUCUUUGGGGGUACCACUGCACGCAUGCUAGAGAUCCUUGGUAUUCGCACAGGUGUUGAAGACGAAGCCGCUAGCAGCGACGAUGACGCAGAGGCACCUCCGGGACGCAAUCCAUGGCAAAAUCGCCGCAAUAGUGGCGUAUGGAACAGAUACACCGACGAUUCUGAGCCCUUGCCCUAUUUCUCGCCAUCGCAGCACGGAUAUGGAAGGGCUGCAGGCAGAAUAGGGUCACACUAUGCAGCGCGCAAUUAUAAUCACCACCCGGGAGCACCACCAUCGCCGAUCGGCAACACUAUGUUUUCUGCAGCAUCAUCGGAGUCCUUCGAGUCGGAAGCAGAAGUGCUCCCUAUGGCCACGCCCUCAGCGGAUGCCGGUCCGUCCGUGGAGAGACCUGAUGCAAGACUGGCCAACGAGGACGGCAAAUGGUUCCAGGCGUUGGAUGAGAGAUACCUUCUUCCUUUGUUCUCGAAUGCUACUGCCAGCCGCACGUUUCACGCCAGACGUGCGCGGAGGAAUGUCUCA